AUGUCUCUUACCAAAGUUGUGGUAGUCGGUGCAAGUGGAAAUAUUGGAAGAGGCGUUCUACCGCAGCUACUGCAAUCUGGCCUUGACCUGACUAUUCUCAGUCGCGAGGACUCGACUGCAACCUUUCCAAAGGAAGCCAAGGUGAUCAAAAGCGACUUUAGCGAAGGAUCUCUCGUUGAGGCACUGAAUGGUCAAGACGCCGUCGUCAGCAUGCUCCCGAUCGUCGCUCUCGGAGAGCAGCAAAAGGUAGCCGAAGCGUCCAUUAAGGCAGGAGUGAAAAGAUUUAUCCCCAGCGAGUAUGGGUCUGAUUCCUCGUCUGAUCUCGUCAUCGAAGCGGUUCCCUUCUUCCAGCCCAAGAAGGCUCAAUUGGACUGGCUUGCUUCCCAUGAAGAGCACAUUAGCUGGUCCGCCAUCAUUACUGGCCCGUUCUUCGAUUGGGCAUUGGAGCUGGGUAUGACUGGGUUUGACCUCAACAACAGGGUCGCCACCCUGGUAGACGGUGGGAACACCCGAUUUACUACAAGCACUGUAGCUCAGAUUGGACGUGCCAUCAUAUCGGUCCUGAAGCAUCCCUCUGAGACAAGAAAUCAGCUUGUUUUUGUUGAGUCUUUUACAACUACUCAGCUUGAGAUUCUGAACGCCCUCCAGGAGGCAACCGGGCAGGACUGGAAUGUCAAAGAAGAGACUGCCGAGAAUGUGAGGCUGGAUGGUUUUAAGAGACUCGGCGAAGGUGACAUCGUGGGUGGUGGAGCUUCCGUGAUUAUGGCAUUGGUCCUUGGCCGUGAAGCACUAGAGGACCAUACAAACGUCAAGGGUGGCAUUUGGAAUGAGAAACUCGGGCUGGGAAAAGAGAGCGUCAAGGACAUAGUGAGGGCUGUGAUCCAGCAGUAG